GAGAUUUGAGAUUUGAGAAAGUCCAAUUCCCGUAUGCGUAGGGCCGCUCCUUAAAGAGGAAGGAGAGCCAAGGGUCCAUUCCGACGCGAUCUUUAACCGACUUCUCUGUGAAGCCGUGAAGGUGGAGGACGAACCCCAUCCGUCAUGGCAGCAACGUCGUCAGACUCAGCAGCAGUUGGGAAGCAGGAAGACGGAGAGCCAAUGUCAACCCUAGUUGCACGAUUCGUCCAGGAGGAAAGAAAAGAGCUUCCUCUUCUCAAAGAGGUGGAUGAGCUGCGCGGUCUGUCCUCCGCUCUGUCUACGUUCAGGUGCCGUUGGGAUGAGUUACAGAAACAUAUCGCUUUCAUUCAAAAUGCUAUCGAAGGGAAGAUUAAGCGGUCUAGUAGUACCGAACACGUGACCCCAUUGCAGCUGCCGUCGCCACUGCCGCCAGAGGUAGUUCCUGCAGUAGAUGCCCCCGCCUCUGGUUCUGCUAAUUUACCACUUCCCGAUUCGGUCGAACUUUCUAGCAGAGAUUUUACGCAAGUCUCGUCCCCCAGCGAUGAAACGGCAAAGAAUUUAUCCCGUUCCGAGCUUGAAUGGCUAUGUGAGACAAUGGGUAGCCGUGGCUUACGCAAAUACAUGGCUUCUCAUCUCUCUGACACUGCAAAACUCCGUGAAGAAGCUCCUGUAGCUCUAAAGCGUGCCCCCAACCCAGCCAAGCUCGUCUUGGACUGCAUUGGGCGGUUUUAUCUCCAGGGUAGCAAAGCCUAUACCAAGGAUUCCCCAAUGGUUCCCACCCGGCAGGCCUCCGUGCUCAUGUUGGAAUUCUUUCUCCUCGCGGACUGCUUUGAGAAUGGGAUUGAUCCCCUGGUCAAGGAAGAAGCUGAGGUCGCAGCAGUUGCUUGGAGGAAGAGGCUCAUCAGUGAAGGUGGUGUCUCCAAGGCCCACAGCAUGGAUGCUAGAGGUCUGCUUCUCUUUAUUAGUUGCUAUGGCAUUCCAUCCGUAUUUGGAUACCAAGAUCUCAGUGAUCUUAUUAGGCUGAGUAGUCCAAGGGAGAUUGCCGAUGCCCUUAGAAGAUCGUGUUUCCUCCUUGAAAGAGUUCUAGAUAUCAUUCAAGGGAUGGAGAAGAACAGAAUGCAUAUUGAAGCUAUUGAUGUUGCUUGUACUUUUUGGGUUGAGGAGGAAAAAUUCCCUCAAAAAAUUCUUGCAUCAUUUUUACGUGAAUCCAAAGAAAUCUGGAAAAGAAUGAGGAGAGAAGCACAAGGUUCUCCUGCACCACUGAAAGAAGCUAACGAAAGGCAACUUGCUGCCCUGAAAUCCUUAAUUAAGUGUUUGGAGGAUCACAAGAUGGAUCCUACGAAGAUUCUUUCAGGAUGGCAUAUUAGUGACAAAAUUACCAACCUGGAGAAAGAGAUAGCAGAUUUAGAAAAUAAAAUAGAAGAAAAAGCUAAUUUGAAGAGAAAAGCUGGUGAGAUUGAGUCCUCAAGAAGGAUGAGAACCCAUGAAGUGAAACGUCCUUGGCCUAGCACCAAUAUUUUGCCUCAGGAACUUCCUGCAAUCUUGGUGUCACAAGAACAAAGGACUGUUGGUCUCCCUGUUGGCAGCAGCUCAAAUGAUGGAUUGUCUAAUAAGAACAUUUUCACCAGUGGAUUCCCCAGUCUGCUUCGUGGAUACUUAGGCGUCUCAUCAGUGGCUAGAGCUGCAGUACAAGAUACAAAAGGAAAUGUUCACGGCACUAUAGCUGGAAUUGGCAGUGGGCUUGCUACUGUAGCAGCUAAUGGAUCUGGUGUAGCUGGGUCGUCAACACGAAGUGGUGGUGUCUGGUCCACUGGGCCAUUUUUUGGAAUUGGUGGUGCUCUACUUGGGGGAGAUGGAGUUGGGCAAAUAACAGCUAAUGUUGUUGGGCCAUCUGGAUGGUAUGGGGAUGAAGCCUUCAAAAACGGUUCUGUUCAGAACAGUUUUCAUGAUCCGGCAUCCAGUGGGAAAGGCUUCUUUGGGCUACAGCCAUCUCUGGAACAAGGCUUUCUAGGCCUGCCAACUACCCAAACCCCGACUGUUAUGAAGCAGAGUUCAGGAUCAAAUCUUUAUCGAUUUGCAGAUACAAUUUUGGAAGGUGAUACUUAUUACCAAGGUGGCUCUUACACGGGUAACAACACCUUACCUUCUUCCAUGCAUGUUCACGCAUCUUUCCCACAUUCAAUGGAUAAUAAUUCCCAUCUCUGAUAUAUUUGUGGGGGCUUCUAUGUUUUCUCUCCUCUAUAUGAUGU